GAAAAAGUUAUUUACUUGACUUACGGCUUAAGUCUGCAAUGGAAAGUCAAGCGAGUGAAGUAAUGCUUCCGCAAAGUGCACAUGACUAUUUUACUGCAAAAUGUAGGAAGUUUGAUCCACUGUGGGUUCAAGUUUUGAUAAAUUUGAGGAUGAAACAUUCGAAAAUGUUCACGAGGCGAAGAAAUUCAGCCUCUGAAGGAUGGAAGUUAGUGUUCGAUGAAUUGAAAGAAUCCGGGGCGCCGGAAUAUGUAACUAUAAUUAAAAUUAAAAAGAAGUGGAUGAAUUUGAUGACCAGAUAUAGGCAAAUAAAAAACACAACACUGAACCCCGAAAUGAUAACCUGGCCUUAUUACGAACAAAUGGACAAAGCCUUCGGUCAAGAAUCUGAACUGUAUUCGCUUGGAAAGAACCACGAUCAUGCUUUCAAUCAGACCGUGAGUAAUGAUGAAAGACAAAGUUUUAUGAAAAAACUAAUAGAGCUCCGUUAUACGCAUCGUCAUUUAUUCACUGGUAGGAAAUACACUGCAAGAGACGGAUGGAUGAUAAUACAGUCGCUGCUUCAAUGUCAAGGAAAAUAUUCAGUCGAUCAGCUUAGUAAAUGCUGGCAAAAUUUGGUCCAGCGGUACAAACAAUUGUCAAAAAAUGAAUCAAACCAAAUUAUCACAUGGCCUUAUUUUGAACACAUGCACAAGUGGUUUGAAGAAAGCAAAGUAACCGAAGCUAUGAAAAUCGAAACCGAGGAGAGCGAAAAUGUUAUCGAAAGUGAAGACAAAAAUGAAGAAGUAAACGACCCUCAGCUAGUAGACUCGUUUCAAGAGUUGCGAAAAAAUAAUAUUUCUAUUGAAUGCAUCAAAAUUCAACUAUUAAGUGAGAUAAAAGUAGCUCAAGAAAAAAAUCAUGCUGCUGUAAUGGAAGCCAUGAAAAACAUUGGUGAGAAAUUAAAUAGAUUGACUAGAAACGAGACAAGGCUAGAUUCAGCUGCCAAACCUGAUAACGAGAAUGUUUAGUACAACGUGGGAAUGUAUUGAACUUUGUAUUUAUGUUUUAAAUUAAUAUAAUAUUCAAUCUAAAAUUGUAACGACUGAUUCCAAUUAACUUACCAUAUUUUCGAAUCAUUCUUUUGUAAUGUAAUAGAAAUUGAAACAAAGAGAAAACAAAUUGGAAAUCAUCAUCUGAAAAGUCUGUAUUUUGAAAUGUCUAUAUGAAGCUUUGAUAGAAAGUUUGUUCUUUAUAUAAAUUUGGUAAUCAUUGGAAACAUAAAAGCUAUGGAGAAAUGUCAAAUUGAUAAAAAAAAAAUCACUAUUUAAUAAUUUUGCAACUAACUUCAUAAGCUAAUGGAGUUUUUUCUGUUAUCAAAAGAUCUGGUAAUUGUUUAAAAUCCACCAAGAUUAAUUAAGUUGACGUAUUUUUUUUGUAUUCAAUUUAUUUAUCUGGUUUUUAUGUUCGCAUGUACCUGCAGAUAGUAUUAAUUUUUUCUUUUCAGCUCAUUUAAUAUUUUAUACCAGAAGUAGCUAAUAAUAAAUUACAAUAUUCAAAAAUUGUAUGUUAUAAAUGUGCUUGAUUUCAUGCAUUUGGAUUGAUUGAAAACUUAUUGUGAAGAUUGUCGGUAGUUUAUUCAACUUUCUCCUUUCUGUUCCCCUACUU